GGUGUUGGAGGUUUUUGGUCACAUGGUUAUGACGUGGUUAUGAUUUCUAACUAUCAAUCAUGAAGUUUACAUCCUUUCGAGAUUUAAGAAAGUUUAUUAGUGAAAAAGAAAAGAAAGAUUUUAUUCAAUGUUUUAUAAAUGACUCAAGAACAAUAGAAAAUGUAAGAAGAAUAGGAGUAAAACUUUUUUUAAAGGAUGAGCUCGUGUACUACGAAUUAAAGUACAAAUGUAUCCAUGGUGGUGUUACAAAAAGCAAGUCCAAGGGACUUCGACCAAAACAAAGCACCUACAAACAGAAUUGUCCAUUCGUCAUGAAAUUUAGGGUUUCUUCUGAUGGCAACACUUUGGAUUUGGUCUCCCGCGUUGACGAGCACAAUCACGAUCGAAAUCAGAAAAAAAUGUUCGACAGAAAACUUGCCAGAAAAAUUGCCAAUGAUAAUAGAAUUACAUGGAAAAACCGAUAUCGGGAUGAAUGCGGAAAAUAUAUUGUUAGUGUUCAAAGUGUGGUUCCACUCAGCCAUGCUACUGGCACUCCCAUCAAGACUGGUCUUGUGGUUCCACGCACACAUCCGGUUCCACGCACACAUCCGAGAUACACAUCCGAGCAAGACGACUGGCGAUCCGAAGAAGAACGGCGGUGGUAUCCAAUGCCCAGAGGACCAGCCCCAGAGUACCAAACGGAUGUAUGGUACCCUUUAACAGGGGAAGGCUUUCCCGAUUGGGAUAUACUAUUCAAUCGCGACCCCAACAACAACCAACUACCACCAGAACUAUCACGUGGACGGCCUGGAUGAUUUUCCUUCACCAUCAUCAUAAUCAUCAUAUCAAACAAUGAGUUCCUACCAGAGCUGCAAGCCCAGUCGUCCAAGGACGCCAACUCUCUUCGUAGAACCACAAUCAUCAUCUCCGUCGGCUCUGUCUACUAGAACCACCACCACUGCACACACAUCUAAAAGUGCAUCAGUUCCUUCUAGAACCACUGCACACACAUCUAGAACCACUGCACAC